AUGAGGAUUCCACUUCCGUUAAUUUAUGGGUUAAGAUGUGGCGAGUCGACGAAGCGAAGGGACAUUGCAGAAGAAGAAAAAGAUGAGUUCUCAAAGAUUCUGCAUGUGGCCCCAGAGCCCAUUAAAUCAACUCUAUUGAAAAGAGAAGAAACUCUCUCAUAUUCAGAAUCUGUAAAAGGAUCUUAUCCAGAGAAAAGUCCCCAACUUUCCUUAACAACAUCAUUCUUGGCUUUGGUUCACUGCAUAGAAACUUGGUAUCAAGGGUCUUCAUAA